AUGGAUAUAAGGAAUACAGUUCUAUUGUUCUUUGCAGAUGCAGAGCGUUGUACCAGGUGUCCAGAAAAUCAACAUCCAAACAAGGAUCGAGAUCAAUGUGUCCCCAAGAUUAUCACCUUCCUGGCUUAUGAGCAAUCUUUAGGGAUCCUCCUGGCUUCCUUUGCCCUCUUCUUGUCCUUAACUACAGGCUUUGUGUUAGGAAUCUUCAUUAAAUUCUUAGAAACUCCAAUAGUUAAAGCCAACAACCGGGACCUCUCAUUCAUCCUCCUCAUCUCCCUCUUACUUACCUUUUUGUCCUCCUUCCUCUUCAUUGGCCGACCAAAGAAAGAGACCUGCUUUCUCCGACAAAUGGCCUUCAGCAUCAUCUUCUCGGUUGCCAUCUCUUCUGUCUUGGCAAAAACCAUCACUGUGGUGCUGGCUUUCCUGGCCACAAAGCCAGGAAACAGAGUGAGGAGAUGGCUAGGGAAGAGUCUGGCCAACUCCAUUGUCAUUUCCUGUUCCAGUGUCCAAGUUGUCAUCUGCAUCAUGUGGCUGAGGAUCUCUCCCCCAUUCCCAGAUUUCGACAUGCACUCCCAGCCUGGAGAGAUCAUCCUGCAAUGCAAUGAAGGGUCUGUCACCAUGUUCUACUGUGCCCUCGGCUACAUGGGCUUCCUGGCUACCAUCUGCUUCACGGUGGCUUUCCUAGCCAGGAAGCUUCCUGGGGCCUUCAGUGAAACCAAGCUGAUCACCUUCAGCAUGCUGGUCUUCUGCAGUGUUUGGGUGUCCUUCGUGCCCACCUAUCUGAGCACGAAGGGGAAAUACAUGGUAGCUGUGCAGGUCUUCUCUAUCUUGGCCUCCAGUGCUGGGCUUCUGGGCUGCAUCUUUAUUCCCAAGUGCUACAUUAUUGUACUGAGGCCUGAUCUGAAUACAAAGGAGCACCUGAUGACAAAAACUAAGGAUGCCAUCUGA